AGCUGUUAAGUUUGCAAACGCGGUGCCUUAAAAAUACGGUAGACCCUGUGAACAAGGUUAGUUGCACACGUACACACGUAUUUUCAGUACAGAGUUUCUGCACAACCGAGGCCGGAAAAACACCUCAAAAUGGCCAUCGAAUUGUUCACUGUUCUCGGCAAAUUCUACGAGGAGUACAUGAGUAAGACCUCGCAGAAGCUCAAGAUCAUCGAUGCCUAUCUGGCUUACAUUAUGCUGACCGGAAUUGUGCAGUUUGUGUACUGUGUCCUCGUCGGAACCUUCCCCUUCAAUUCGUUUCUGUCUGGUUUCAUCUCGUGUGUCGGGUCAUUCGUUUUGGGAGUUUGCCUUCGACUUCAAGUCAACCCAGCCAACAAAGUAGAUUUUAGAAACACCUCUCCAGAACGUGCCUUCGCAGAUUUCAUCUUUGGUAGCAUCAUUCUUCAUCUAGUUGUCCUGAAUUUCAUUGGAUAAUCGUCUUUGUUUAAAGGGAAGGAGUAAAGUAGACAACAGGGGCCAGCAGCCAUCAUGCAGAACUGGUGAAAGUAAAGAAAAACAUAAGACAACCUACUGACAACGGGAGAUUGAAAACUGUCACCUGGCCCAACGCUUUUCACUAUAAAACAAAUGACCUAAAUGGACAAUUUACAAAACUGGUUUAUUUCUUCAAUUCAAUACCAGUACUUCAGUAGUAAAGUAUAUAUUGUACUGUGGAAGUAAAGCAAUUCUUAAUAAUUGCCAAAAUCCAGGUAUGUUUUACAUAAAGAGCUGAAUGAACCAUACUGUGGAAAUUUUACGGUGGAACAUUUUUAAUUUAAAGUCAUCUUUGUCAAUUUGACACUUGUAUGCAAAGCAUCAUUUUUUUUUUCUGAGCUGUUUGGUUCCUAUUCUAUUAAUGUUGAACACAGCAAUAUUCAGCUCAUUGGCAGUUGAAUUGGUGCAUGUAUUUCAGCAGUGAUAUCAUUGUUUUUCCCGGAAAGAGGAAACAGUGUAGCCCAUCUUGGGAGAGUUGCUUUCGAUGAAAAACUCACACUUUCUUCGUAAGCUUCUUGUGUUACCCUUGAAAAUAAUUGUUUCAUAUAAUUUAGUAGAAAUACUCCCUGUUCGAUUGUUUAAAUUUAAUUUCAUUAUACAUGUACUUGUGAUGAUUGUAUCAUUUGGAAUACAAGAAUCAUGUUUGGGCAGUUAUUACAAACAUAGGAAAGCACUACGUUAUUAAGCACAUGAGGUGCCCCUGUUUCUGUCGUGUACAGGUCCAUCAUUCCUAGCUGCAUAAGUGUGACUCAAAUACUGGACUUCUUCCAUAUCAAUGUAAGUAAACUAUGUGUGACCCGUGACCUCAAGAAAAAUCCUGCAGUCAUUUUGAACGAUCCAAAUUUCCCCUGAAAAUUACAGGAUAACUAGAUAUCUACAGGUAUGCAAUUCAGUUUUUCCUGGUUCUUAAUAAGUUAAGUAGUUUGCUAAAAGAAUAUCAUGUGGGGAAAAAACAGUCUAGAUUUAACAUUCAGGAAAAUACGGUUCAGAAAAUUUAGCAUGUAUCACUUUGGCUCUAAAAGAAAUGGAUAAAGUCCAGUAUUUGAGACAUUUUUCAGAGCCAUCUCUUUCCGAGUGCACAAUUUUUACACUCCAAAGAUGAAACCGGAAUUCAUUUCAAUAAAUUGACAAAUUGGCAUUGAACAAGACACAUUA